GGGCGGAGUGAACACGGAAACACGUCCGCUAACAGAGCCAGUCCUGCUGACCGCUGGGUUUGAGGAGUGAUUAGUAGCUCAGCAGCAGGUUUCGGUCUGCUGAAUGAGCGUUUCAUAAGUUCGUUUUCCAGAACAAAAAGGCCGAGUUGGUGCGGAGAAAUGACGGAUUUAGUUUAAUUAUCCCGAAUAGCAGCACAGCAGCACAGCAGCUAACAGUCCGGCAUCAAUCAGCUCUCAGCGCUGUAAUUUCAGCUGUAGUAGCGCUGCUGUGACAGACGGAGUCUCCGCGACAGGACAGCGCAGCCAGACGCUGCUGGGAUUUCUCAAUCCUGCUCAUUUAUGUGCGCACUUAGAAAAAUCCGCAGGCUUUAAACGGUUAAAUCAGCUGCCUCUCCGGAAUGAACAACGAAAACUUCACCCUUAGCGAAAAGAUUGUGUCCCCCUCGUAUGUUCGUCAGGGUCUGCAGGCUCGGCGGGGUCACGAGCAGCGGAUCAGAGCUCUGCUGGAGCAGGGGAAAUGUCCAGAGGAAGGAUGGAGUGAGAGCACAAUAGAGCUCUUUCUGAAUGAACUUGCAGUCCUGGACAGUAACAACUUCUUAGGAAACUGUGGUGUGGGGGAGAGAGAGGGGAGAGUAGCGUCCAGCCUGGUAGCCAGACGUCAUUACAGACUAAUCCACGGCAUCGGCCGCUCUGGUGAUAUCGCUGCAGUUCAGCCGAAAGCUGCUGGCUCCAGUCUCCUCAACAAGAUUACCAAUUCAGUAGUGCUGGAUGUUCUUAAAUGUGCAGGUGUCAGAAGUGUAUCUUCAUGCUUUGUGGUCCCCAUGGCGACUGGAAUGAGCUUGACGCUGUGUUUCCUCACCCUGAGACACAGGAGACCAGCAGCACGCUACAUUCUUUGGCCUCGCAUUGAUCAGAAGUCCUGCUUCAAAUCGAUGAUUACUGCUGGUUUUGAGCCAGUGGUUAUUGAGAACGUUAUAGAAGGAGAUGAACUGAGGACAGAUCUGGAGGCAGUUGAGAAGAAGAUUGAGGAACUUGGAGCUGAGAACAUCCUCUGUAUCCAUUCCACCACUUCCUGCUUUGCUCCUCGUGUUCCUGACAGAUUGGAGGAGCUGGCUGUUAUGUGUGCCAAAUAUAAUAUCCCUCACAUAGUCAACAACGCUUAUGGAGUACAAUCAUCUAAGUGCAUGCACCUCAUACAACAGGGCGCACGAGUGGGGAGAAUUGAUGCUUUUGUUCAAAGCUUGGACAAAAACUUCAUGGUUCCGGUUGGAGGUGCUAUCAUUGCUGGCUUUGAUGAUGAAUUCAUUAAGGAGAUCAGUAAAAUGUACCCUGGUCGCGCAUCAGCCUCCCCAUCUCUGGACGUGCUCAUCACUCUGCUCACCCUGGGGGCCAGCGGCUAUAAGAAACUCCUCUCUGAGAGAAAGGAGCUGUACACCCACCUGGCUCAGGAACUAAAGGCACUGGCUGAAAGGCAUGGAGAGAGACUGCUACAUACGCCACAUAACCCCAUAUCACUGGCUAUGUCUUUGGAUGGUCUUCAGUCAAGCUGUGAUAAAGCAGUUACCCAGCUGGGCUCCAUGCUGUUCACCAGACAGGUGUCUGGAGCCAGGGUUAUCCCUCUAGGGAUGAAGCAAACUGUGAGUGGGCACACAUUCCAUGGUUUCAUGUCACAUUCGGAUGCUUACCCAUGUCCAUACCUUAAUGCUGCUUCUGCCAUUGGCAUCACCAAAAAUGAUGUGGAGCUGUCCAUCAAAAGGCUGGACAAGUGCCUCAAAGCCCUUAAGAAAGAGGGAAACAUUGAGAAAAGUGAGCUGGGGACACCAUCUGAAGGAUCAGAUGAACAAACGGUGCCCUGAAUCAAAUCCUAGCUUAAAAAGAUGUUCUGCGCAUUUAUCUUGGGAUCUGAGUGGAAUAAAAGACUCAGUAAACAAUUCUACUAUGAUCUGGAAUUGAGCAGUAGCUUUAGAGGGAAUGCUGAAUUUUUAGUUGAGGAUUGUUGGUCGUACUGUCAAGCCAAAGAGUGGAGUCUAGGUAGAGUAUGUGACUGAAGCUGCCUUAACUGGAAAAAAGGUUACAACUUUUUAACCUGCUUGACUUCAAAUUUUGAGUUCAUUGUACUUCAGAUAAUAAGUUGAGGCAUGUAAAACACAAAUGAUUCUGAACACAAAUGAAAGUCCAGGGAACUUGAUGUUUUAAGUUAACCAGAUUUACUUUUUUUUUCUUUUUUUUUUUUUUAAACAAUAAAAAGUUGGACAUUUUUUGUGAA